AUGAGCACAUCCCUAGUCUGCUGCUUCAACGGCUGUGACAGCCCCGCCUUGACGGACAUGAACAAGUGCGCCUUCCACCGCAACCGCCUUUGCUGCGCGAUCGAAAGCUGCUUCAACCAAGUUUACGCCCGCGGCCUUUGUGUCCGCCACGGCGGCAAGAAGCAGUGCCUCGUUGUCGACUGCACUGCAAAUGCCCGCACGGGCGGCCUCUGCUCCCGCCACGGUCUCACCAACACAAAGAAGCAGUGCAUUGAACCGAACUGCGCCAACAUUGCCCAUGCCAACCAGCGCUGCGUACGCCACGGUGGUGGCCGCAAGUGCAAGGUCGAAGAGUGCCAAACCCUCGCACGCAUCGCAGGCUACUGCCAGCGCCACUCGAAGCAGCUGCUCUCAGAGCCGAGCUCGUUUGAUUGCGACCUUUUGGCACUUAUGGAAACCGAAGAGUGGAUCGCCAACGACGUGUACUUGGACACGACGUACGAAGCUCUCGACGACUCGAUCCUUGACUGUGUCCUGGACUCGACGCGCCCGUACCUGGCGUGA